AUGGGAAAAGAUUAUUAUCAAAUUCUUCAAUUAACUCGAAGUGCAAAAGAUAAUGAUAUAAAAUCAGCAUAUCGUCGAUUAGCACUGAAAUUUCAUCCAGUUAAAAAUGCUAAUGAUCAUAAUGCUUUUAAUAAGUUUAAGGAUCUUGCUGAAGCUUUUGAUGUAUUAAGUGAUCAUAAAAAACGAGCUAUUUAUGAUCAAUAUGGUGAUGAAGGUUUAAAGAAUGGUGUACCAAUAGGACCAGCAAAUGAAUGGAAUGAAGGUUAUGUAUUUCAUGGUGAUGCUGAUAAAGUUUUUCGAGACUUUUUCGGUGGUGAUAAUCCAUUUGCAGAAUUUUAUGCCAGUGCCGAUCAAGAUAGAAAUUUAGGCUUUGGUGGAUUAGAUGGUCGUGGUCGAAAAAAACAAGAUCCGCCUAUAAUACGUGACCUUUUACUUUCACUUGAAGAUUGUUAUCAUGGUGCUGUUAAAAAAAUUAAAAUUAGUCGACGAGUACUGAAUGAUGAUGGUAUCACAUCAAGUAUUCGUGAAAAAAUUCUUUCAAUAACUGUUAAACGUGGUUGGUUACCAGGUACAAAAGUAACAUUUGAAGGUGAAGGUGAUCAAGGUCCAAAUAAUGUUCCAUCGGAUCUUAUAUUUACUGUAAAAGAUAAACCACAUUCACAUUUUCGUCGUGAAAAUGCUGAUCUUAUUUAUACAGCUAAAAUAAAUUUAGGACAGGCAUUAACAGGUACAACAUUACAUAUUGAACAUCUCGAUGGAAGAAAACUAGACGUUCCUAUUAAUGAAAUCGUUAAACCGGGAUAUAAAAAACGUAUACCAGGGCAAGGUAUGCCAUUAAUGUCUAAUCCAGAUAAAUAUGGUGAUAUGAUUAUUGAAUUUGAUGUUGAAUAUCCAAAUGCCUUAAAUUCGGAUCAAAAAUUAUUUAUUAAAGAAGCCUUAAUAAACAAUCAUAAUAAUAAAAAACAACAUCAACAACAAAAUCAAAACCGAAAAAAACCUGUUACGAAUGAAGAAUAG